AUGUCGGACGUGUUUGCAAAAUGUUUGUAUUUAGUGUUUGUUUUUGGAAAUGAGCAUUUAUCUAAAUAUGAGAACACUGUACGUGCAUUAACACGCCCUGGGCAGAUUAGGUGUCGUGGUUCUGUUGCUGUGGUUCUGAACCGACCGUCAGCUGUUUUCCCCACAGGUGUCGCGCCACCUGUGGGGAAAACAGGAAACGGCCGCGCUGCGCUGAGCGGCGGCCAGGCCAUCGAGCUGCUGGCGCAGGACGGCGACAGGAAGAGGUUCCGCUUCAGGACGCCGAUGGGACAAACGCCCGACUGCUGCUUCUCCUUCGCCGGGCUGCGGAACCAGGUCACCUUGCUGAUCCAGAAGCAGGAAGUCGAGGAAGGCGUAGAGGAAGGAACGGUGCUGUCGUGUGUGAACGACAUCGACGCAGCCACGCAGCACACCGUGGCCUCACACCUGGCGAAGAGGACGCACCGGGCCGUCCUGUUCUGCAGAGCCAACCGACUGCUGCCGUCACAAAACCCGAUGGUGGUGAGAAACCGUCCACUGGAUCCGAUUGUUUCUAUUUCAUCACAUUCAGUUCAGUUAGCCGCCAACCAGAGCAUCAAGAUCAUCAAAAGUUUCUGAGGAAACCAGCUGGGCUUCCAGUCUUUGACACGCAGCGAUCACUCCUCCUGACCAGCAGGGGGCGACAGCAGAGAGAGAAACUUCCCUUUAACAGGAAGAAACCUCCAGCAGAACCAGAACCACCACCGGCUCAGACUUUGUAUUUUCUAGUUGUCAUGGUAACUCAAAGCGGGAGGGGGGGGGGGGGGAGAAGAGAGCCGUAUUUGCGCAUGCGGUUGUGACGUCAGCGCAGCAGGUGCAAAGAGCCCAUUGGUAUAUUGAUCUUGUAGCCAGAGAAACUGUAAUCUGUUUUGGAUUCUUUAAAGUGGACUGCAAACAUUUGUUUUUGUUUUAUAUUGGCAAUAAAAAUAAAGGUUUUAGGAGCAGA